UUUCUUUUUAAGAGUCCAUAACCACUCUACCCUUGUUGAAUAUUUAUGGUAUUAUCACCCAAAAUCUAUCAUUUAUUUUUAUGUCUCUAUAUCAUGGUAGAUAAAAACCAGUUUUCAGACAGUCUUUAAAAAAGCCACAAAUGUUUAUAUAUGUUUUACAUUUUUCUUAUUCUACUGAGAGUGAAGGUAACUGGUAGAUAUUUACUAAAUACAGAAUGCUACCUUAUGGAGGACAAAAGUCUGUGGAUGAUAACAGUAACAUACUUUCCCUCUCUCUAUUGUAUUACUCUACUUAGUGAUGUACUACUCUUGGAUACUGUGGUCUCUUCAAAAAUUUGGGUAAUAUUCCCAAGCCAUGACUCCUCAUCACACCGAAGAAUAUUCACCAGAAAAGGGCAUAAAACAUAUAUUUCACAAAGUGAUCAGUGAAAAAUACAGAAAUUUUUAUCUUGACUAUUUACAAGAAAAGAAAAUAUGGAAAACUAUAAGUGAGAGUAAACAUCAGGAAUUGUAUGAAAAAUCAGGCCUUGUUCACCUCCAAAGAAUUUAUACUGGAGAGAAGCCCUACAAAUAUAAACAAUGUGGCAAAGCUUUUAGUACAAAAAAAAGUCUUAUUUACCACAGAAGAACCCAUGCUGGAGAGAUGUCCUACCAAUGGGCAGAAUGUGAUAAAGUUUUUAAAGAAAAAUCAAUGUUUAUUAAGCAAAGCAGAAUUCAUACUGAAAAGAAGACCUACAAAUGUAAAGUAUGUGGUAAAGCUUUUACUCAAAUAUCAACCCUUAUUUGCCACAACAGAACUCACACUGGAGAGAAGCCCUACAAAUGUAAAGAAUGUGGAAAAGCUUUUAGUCAAAAAACACACCUUAUUUGCCACAACAGAACUCACACUGGAGAGAAGCCCUACAAAUGUAAAGAAUGUGGAAAAGCUUUUAAUAAAAAAGCAGGGCUUGUUUGCCACAACAGAACUCAUACUGGAGUGAAGCCCUACAAAUGUAAAGAAUGUGGAAAAGCUUUUAGUGAAAAAGCCACCCUUAUUUGCCACAAUGGAACUCACACUGGAGAGAAGCCCUACAAAUGUAAAGAGUGUGGCAAAGCUUUUAGUCACAAAACAAGCCUUAUUUGUCACAAAAGAACUCACACUGAAGAGAAGGCCUACAAAUGCAAAGUAUGUGACAAAGUUUUUACUCAAAUAUCACACCUUAUUUGCCACAGAAGAACUCACACAGGAGAGAAGCCCUACAAAUGCAAUGAAUGUGGCAAAGCUUUUAGUCAAAAAACACACCUUAUUCACCACAGCAGAACUCACACUGGAGAGAAGCCCUAUAAAUGUAAAGAAUGUGGAAAAGCUUUUAGUCAAAAAACUGGCCUUAUUCGCCACAGGAGAACUCACACUGGAGAGAAGCCCUACAAAUGUAAGGAAUGUGAGAAAGCUUUUAGUCAAAAAACAGGCCUCAUUUACCACAGUAGAACUCACACUGGAGAGAAGCUCUACAAAUGUAAAGAGUGUGGCAAAGCUUUUAAUCAAAAAUCUGGCCUUAUUUGCCACAACGGAACUCACACUAGAGAGAAGGCCUACAAAUGUAAAGAAUGUGGCAAAACUUUUAGUCAAAAAACAAGCCUUAUUUGUCACAACAGAACUCACACUGAAGAGAAGGCCUACAAAUGCAAAGUAUGUGACAAAGUUUUUACUCAAAUAUCAAAUCUUAUUUGUCACAGAAGAACUCACACGGGAGAGAAGCCCUACAAAUGUAAUGAAUGUGGCAAAGCUUUUACUCAAAAAAUUCACCUUGUUUACCACAGUAGAACUCAUACUGGAGAGAAGCCCUAUAAGUGUAAAGAAUGUGGAAAAGCUUUUAGUCAAAAAACACACCUUAUUCGCCACAGUAGAACUCACACUGGAGAGAAGCCCUACAAAUGUAAAAAGUGUGGCAAAGCUUUUAAUCAAAAAUAUGGCCAUAUUUGCCACAACAGAACUCAAACUAGAGAGAAGGCCUACAAAUGUAAAGAAUGUGGCAAAGCUUUUAGUCAAAAAUAAGCUUUCCUUGCCACAGGAGAACUCACACUGGAGAGUGAGUAGCCCUGCAAAUGUAAAUAAUGUGGCUAUGCUUUUAAUCAAAAAUAAAACUUUAUUUACCACAGCAGAAGAUGCUCUGGUGAGAAACCUUAAAAAUAUGAAAGAAGUGAUAAUGCUUUUAAAGAAAAAUCAAACCUUAUUAACCACAAAAUUUAUACAGAAGGAACCCCUACAAAUGGAAACAAUGUAGCAAAGCUUUUAAUAAGAAAUCAAAACUUUUUCACCACUACUAAGCUAUUUAUUCUGCAAAGAAGACUACAAAUGUAGAGAAUGUAGAAACAUUUUUAAUUAUAUAUCACACAUUACUAGACAUUCAAGAAAACACACUGGAGAGAAGCUCUACAAAUAAGACCUUUGUACCAUUUCUUUAAGGACGGGUCAACAUUUAAUCCUCUCCACAAUCAUCACAGCAGAGAGAAAUUUUUGAAAUGUGAAAAUUGACAAUGUGACAAUGCCUCCAUAAUUGAUUCACCAAUACUCAGCACCUGAGGAAACAUACUGGUUAGAGAGAAUACAAAUGGGAAAAAAAAAUGUUUCAAAGCCACAUGUUUCUUAAACACUACAGAUUUUUGGAGAAUUCAUUGUGCCCAGAAAUCCUAAAUAGUUAAAUAAUAUUUCCAAAACUUAUUCAAAUUUUCAUUUCAUUGAACAUUUUAAAACGCAUACCAGAGUGAACAUUGAACAUAUUUUGUCCAAAAUGAAUGCCUUAUAUAACAACAAAACAUUUACAAUAAACAGCUUGACAAAUGUGAGAGUAUAGUAAAGUCAUUACCUAUACAUUACACCUUGAUGUAUAUGAGGAUCAGUGAAAGAACUAAUUUAAAUAUAGAAAAUGAGUAGUUAUCUUUCACUUUUUCUUAAAUUUAUUAAACAUUGUUCAGUUAUUUGGUAGAAAUAACAAUCUAAAAUAAAUAUUAAAAAAUUCUCUCUCUCUAAAAAAGUAAAUCUCAUAACAAAAUUUUAAAAAGCUAUUUUUGAUGUUUUAUACUGAAUUUUAAAGUUUUAAACUUUGCUUUUUUUGUACUGAAGUUUAAGUUUAGGGAUUUUUAAAUACUGGGCCACAUUCCUAAGCCCUCUCCCCACUUUUUCAAAUUUUGAGACUGGUCUUGCUAAGUUGCUUGAAACAACACUCAGUUUGUGAGGCUGAAUUUAAACUUCUAAAACUUCUCAGCUUCCCAAUUUACUUGUUUGCAAGCAUGGACCAUCAUGCCAGUUUACAGUGCAUUUUUCACCUAUAGUUACCUUAUGUAUGCAGUAUGUUAUUAUAACUGAAUAGUUCCUUAUAUGUUAACAAUCAUGUAUUGAAUCCUGUCAUUAAAUGACAGACAUCACAGUGUUCCACUUGACUAAAUGUUCUAUGUAAGAGUAAAACAUACUGUUGAGUAAAUAAUACUCUAGCAUCUCUUAGUACUUUUACACAUUUUAAUCAACCUUAAUGGAUAAUAUAAUUUGCUUAAAUCAGAUAAUUAAAGGUUUUUUCUUUUAGUAUUUAUGGUGAAAUUUGAAGACUUAUAAGAAGGUCAUAGUGAUAUAAAAAUAAGCCCUAUAUUUUCAUAUAUUGAAUUAGAAAUUUUAAUAUUUUAUCUUCCACUGAAGAUUAACUUUAUACUUUAGGUAUCUCUCAUCCCACUUUACAGUGAGAACCUGGGUUGUAAAUGUUAUUUAUAUAUAUAUUGUAGUUAGACACAAGAACUUUAUUUUAUUUUAUUUAUUUUUAUGUGGUGCUGAGGAUCAAACCCAGAGCCUUGCACAUGCGAGGGGAGCGCUCUAUCACUGAGCCAUAACCCCAGGCCCACUGAAGGUCAACUUUAUUAGAUUACCUCAUGCCUGAUCAUAGCAAGAAAUAGAUUCAUCAAAUUAAGUUAGUUCAUAAUUUUUGUGACAUAAUAUUUAUUUGGUCCAGACAUGAAGACUUUAUUUGAUUAAACAAGCAUUCUCUUUGAUAAGAUUACAUGACCAGUGCAAUUCUUCAUCAUGUACGACUUAAAAAAUGAGAAGUUAUACUCCACUUGUGUAUGAUGUGUCAAAGUGCUUUCUACUGUCAUGUAUAUCUAAUUUGAACAAAUAGAAAACUAAAUAAAAUGAUUAAUUUGUUUGAACUCCUAUUAAAGUCUGUCUUAAAAUUUUAUCUGAAUCAGAUAGUGUUGUUAAGGGAGCAAUAUCAAACCACAAGAUAAAAGAAUAGUUUUCCUGUUUUUACAACAUGGCAGACCUAUCUGAGGUGUAACAAAUCAUAUUUUCCUCAAUCACUGAAGAAAAGUGGUGGAAGAAAACAGAAAAAUCCUUAAAAUCUCCUGAGAAAGGCUUAAGCCCUUCUGUGUCUGACUACUCUAAUUGGCCUGGGCAAGCUUUAGGUGGAUGGUUCCAAAUAUAAUGGAUCUAUUUGGUGUUUGGCAAUAGCUCAUUUCAUGUUUUCUAGACUUGGAAAAGUAAUUCCUGAAGUGUUUGGCUAAAAUAAAAAUGGUAACAAUGAAGAAGACUAAUAGUUUUUGAAAGAAAAUUCUAAACCUUUUAACGUUUGCUGUUCUUUUAUUUUGAAAGCCAGAACAUGUACCCUAAAUGAGUAAGAGAUGUAAAUAAGGUGGCUUUAAAAUAAUUUGCUGCAUAAGCAGGAACUUAGAUGUAGUGCAAGAAUGAGGAAAUCAAUGUCUCUGGGACAAUCAAAUCAUGGACAUAUUGUAAAUGAUAUCACCAUUUUGGCUUUUCAGUUGUAGCUUAUUGCUGCUAGACAUCAACCUCAUGGAUAGGUAUGUGCAGUCAUGGUAGGCAAUCACUCUACCAUGACUCUAAUAAUAAUUUGAAAUAUGUUCACACUCAUUGUGUAUAACAGAUUUUGGACUAUAGCCACCAAAAUUCAUCGCUCCCCAAUCCCUAUUAUAAAUAAAGUUAUUGUUCUCUACAUUUAAGUUUUAUUGAUAUCUCAUUGCAAUUUUAAGAUAUUGAUGUUUUUUCCCCAAUAUCUCUGGUUUUCUAAGUGAAUAAUUUCAAAAUUGAUAAUAAAUUACUUUUCAUCAUUUCUAGUAAAUAUGUAAUUUAUCUUUUCCUUUCUUAAAUAUUUCUGUAUUCUAUUUAAGUAGAGUUGAAUAGUGAAUUUUAAUUUAAUUACAUUUGAAUAUAAACAGGAAUAGCCAGCAUGCUUCAGGUUUAUGAUUUUAAUUGAAAAAUAAGUGUUGUGCCAUCUAAUAACAGUUCUGUCUCCUGUUUUGCAGAAGUGGUACUCAUUCUUUCAACUUUCAUUGCUGUUUUAAUUAGAAAUACUUACUAAAGUGUUCCUUCAUCUAUAUUACUCUUUAAACUAUUUAUUAGACAUGAAUUCUCUGAAAGGGAUAUCUUUAACUUCUGGAUUUGUACAUCUAGAAUGUAUAUUUUCUUAUUUGUUGAUUCUUUUUACAAAUGUUCUAAUUAGAUUUUUUUCACUUCCAUUCAUUUUUGCUAUUUUUGUGCCAUUUUUGAGAUUUUAGUAUUCAUUUUUUAUAAUUAAUAGGAUGAAACCCUAAGACAUUCAUGUUAGGUUCGUGUAGUCCAGAAUAUUUUUAAAAUCUUAGAAUUUAAUGAUCUGGUUCAUAAAGUUAGCUAGGACCCAGCUAUUAACCUAUGUAAUAUGCUUGUAUUUCUAAUAGUAGCUGAUAGUACACUUGCUGAUAUGAUAAUCCAUUCAUUCAUAUUUGUCACCUACUGAGUUACUUUUAGCAGUAUGAAAUUUAUUUAAAGAAUAGUCCUCCUUCUUGGUUCUCAAAGUGCUAUUAAUCACUGAUGUCAUCUUUUCUGAUUUUUUUUUAUUAAUUUACUUAUUAGUAUAGGACAUUGAACUGAGGGGUAAUUUUCUGCCAAACUCCAACCUGAUGUUUUUUCAUAUUUCAAUGUGACACAGAAUCUCAUUAGGUUGCUUAGGGUCCUCUUACAUUACUGCAAUUGGCCCUGAAUUUGCGAUCCUUCUGAUUCAGUCUUCCAAGUGAAGUCUCUUGGAGAAAAUGCACAUGUCAAUUCUCUGGCCUUUUUGUUUGAUAAUUUUUUUAACUGGGCUAUGGUUAUUAUUCUUUCUUAUUAUUAGUAUUAUAGUUUCACUUGCCUUCUUUUUUUCCCUUGAUUUGAUAUUGAGAAGCUGGGCAAAAUGGCUCUUGCUCAUAAUUCCAGCACUUUGGAAGUGGAAGGCAGCAGGAGAAUCCCACAUUUGAGGACAGCCUGGGUACUUUAGCUUCUCAAAAUUAAAACUUUUCAUUUAAAAAAGACAGUAUGUACAGCUCGGUGGUGGAAAAUUCCUAGAUUAUAUUUCCAGUACUGUAAGGGUGAUUGACAUCCACAAAUUUAAUAAUCACUUGUAUUUUCAAUUAUAUGUUUGAUAGAUUUAUCCCCAAUAGUUAGAUUUACUAAGUCAUUUUUCUUUCAUUAUUAUUAGUAUUUCAGAAUACUUUUAAAACUGCAGUGUUUUUGUUGUAAGAAAAAUAAAGGGAGACACUGAGACAAGAUGCAGAGGCAGGAAAAGAAAGAAGGAAUGGCUGGCUCUUCAAGCAGCCUUAUUUAUUUAUCCCCCAAAAUUACAUUGGAUCAUUGGUUCAAUGAUUACAUUGUUUUACUUUAAUUCCAGAACCUCUUCUUGAGGGCAUCACCAUAGUAAAUCGAUAUUGAACACAGAACCUCUUCUUGAGGGCAUUACCAUAGUAAAUCGAUAUUGAACAUGUUUUAGUUAUCUUACUAGCUUCACAGAGAAAUUGCUGAGCAUUCCAAGCAUGGGAAACAGAGUGUCAGUUACCCCCCAGGAGUUUGACCUUUCUGUGGGUUUAUUUUCUCUGGACACUUAGCUUUCCAGGCAGAGAGCAGUGUGUUUCUCUCAGAAGUGUAUAACUUCUUCCUCCACCUGGUAUUCAAUGGUUCUUCCUCUUUCUCAGUAUGCCUAAUUAUCCAAAGUAAAAUCCAGAAUGUUGGAGUUGCAAUCUCCUCUUUUCUCUGACCACCCCCCCCAAAAAAAAAA